UUUCUGUCACCACGUGAGGGUGGAGGGGAGUCCGGAAAGGGCAACAGAGACGAACUGAACCUGGAUUUUGGGUUUUUUUUUUCCAGAGAGAGAGAGGGGGGUGAGAAGCGGGGAGACGCGACUGUUCAGGUUUAACUAAAAAUUUCACAUGUGCUAAAGCUGAGAGCUCGUGGAGUGCAAGGAUGCCGACAGUGACAUUACCGCCUAAAGAGAACGCUCUCUUCAAGAGGAUUCUGAGAUGCUACGAACACAAGCAAUACAGAAAUGGCUUAAAGUUCUGCAAACAGAUCCUGUCCAACCCCAAGUUCUCCGAGCAUGGAGAGACGCUGGCGAUGAAGGGGCUGACGCUCAACUGCCUGGGUAAGAAAGAGGAAGCGUACGAUCUGGUCCGCCGAGGCCUCCGCAACGACCUGAAGAGCCAUGUCUGUUGGCACGUGUACGGUUUGCUACAGCGGUCGGAUAAGAAGUACGACGAGGCCAUCAAGUGUUACAGGAACGCGCUGAAAUGGGACAAAGACAACCUGCAGAUCCUGAGAGACCUCUCCCUGCUGCAGAUACAGAUGAGGGACCUGGAGGGCUACAGGGAGACCCGGUACCAGCUGCUACAGCUACGGCCUGCCCAGCGGGCGUCGUGGAUCGGCUAUGCCAUCGCAUACCACCUGCUAGAGGACUACGAGAUGGCCGCCAAGAUCAUCGAGGAGUUUCGGAAAACGCAGCAGACGUCCCCGGAUAAGGUGGACUACGAGUACAGCGAGCUGCUCCUGUACCAGAAUCAGGUCCUGAGGGAAGCGGGACUCUUCAAAGAGGCUCUGGAGCACCUCAUCACCUACGAGAAGCAGAUCUGUGACAAAAUGGCCGUGGAGGAAACCAGAGGGGAGCUGUUUUUGACUCUGGGCCGUUUGGAAGAGGCAGCAGACGUGUACAGGAGGCUGCAGGAGAGGAACCCGGAGAACUGGGCUUAUUACUUCGGCCUGGAGAAUGCUUUUAAACCUGCCACUACAGACGACAAGCUGAAGAUCUACGAGGAGGCCUGGGUGAAGUUCCCCAAAGGUCUGGUGCCUCGCAGGCUGCCGCUCACCUUCCUGUCCGGGGAGAAGUUUCGGGAGUGUCUGGAUAAGUAUUUAAGAAUGAACUUCAGUAAAGGCUGCCCGCCCGUCUUCACCACCCUUAAACCCCUGUACCAGGACAAAGACAAGGUGGCGAUAGUUGAAGAAUUAGUCGUAGGGUUUGAAACGUCUUUAAACAGCUGCCGAAUGUUCAGUCCGAGCGAUGACGGGAAGGAGGAGCCGCCCACCACGUUGCUCUGGGUUCAGUACUUCCUGGCGCAGCACUACGAUCAGAUCGGGCAGCAGACGCUGGCGCUGGAGUACAUCAACGCCGCCAUCGAGAGCACGCCGACGCUCAUCGAGCUCUUCCUUGUUAAAGCCAAGAUAUAUAAGCAUGCUGGGAACAUCCGAGAGGCGGCGCGAUGGAUGGACGAGGCUCAGGCCCUGGACACCGCCGACCGCUUCAUCAACUCCAAAUGCGCCAAGUAUCUGCUCAAAGCGGGUCAGGUCAAGGAGGCCGAGGAGAUGUGCUCCAAGUUCACACGGGAAGGGGCGUCGGCGGUGGAGAACCUGAACGAGAUGCAGUGCAUGUGGUUUCAGACCGAAUGUGCUCUGUCGUACAAAUCCAUGAAGAAGUACGGAGAGGCGCUUAAGAAAUGCCACGAGAUCGAGAGGCACUUUGUAGAGAUCACGGACGAUCAGUUCGACUUCCACACGUACUGCAUGCGUAAGAUGACGCUGCGCUCCUACGUGGACCUGCUGAAGCUGGAGGACGUGCUGCGCAUGCACCCGUUCUACUACAAAGCCGCCAUCACCGCCAUUCAGAUCUACCUCAACCUGCACGAUAACCCUCUCACCGACGACAGCAAAGAGCUGCAGGCCGAGACCGGAAACCUGUCAGACAAAGAGCUGAAGAAACUGAGAAACAAGCAGCGACGAGCGCAGAAGAAAGCUCAGCUGGAGGAGGAGAAGAAGAACGCCGAGAAAGAGAAGCAGCUCAAGAACCAGAAGAAGAAGAAAGAGGACGACGACGAGGAGAUCGGUGGACCCAAAGAGGAGCUCAUACCUGAUAAACUGGCUAAGGUGGAAAACCCGUUAGACGAGGCGGUGAAGUUCCUGAUACCUUUAAAAAACCUGGUGAAGAACAAGAUCGACACGCACCUACUGGCCUUCGAGAUCUACUUCAGAAAAGACCGGUGCUUGUUAAUGUUGCAGUCGGUGAAGAGAGCUUACGCCAUAGACCCUGAUCACCCCUGGCUUCACCACUGUCUAGGACGCUUCUUUAAAAGAGUGUCGGAAGCUAAAGACCUGGCCGAUCCUGUCAGCACAGUCCUCAAGCAGGAAAUCCCUCGAUUGUUUGGUGACAGCAAUCCUAAGAGCUUCAACCAGGCCUUCCUCAGCAAGCACUCAGGAUCGAUUCCUCACCGGUUAGCAGCUGCCAAAAUCAUGUUCUACCUGGAACCCUCGUCACAGAAGAAAGCAGUGGAACUCGCUACAGCACUGGACGAAUCACUCGAAAACAGAAGUAUUCAGAUCUGCACAGAGGUGUUGGAGAACCUGCGCGACGGGACCCUCGGAGACGCGUCCGAGACGGCCGAGUCGUACCGGGCCGAGUGUCACAAUCUACCCGUACACGCUGGCCUUCAUGCCCCCCGGCUACGAGGAAAACGCCAAGAUCGCCGUCAACGGGGACGUCUCCACGGAAACCGAGGAGCUAGCCAACGACAUGUGAACUCCCGCAGUGGGGUGGGGCCGAGGGAGCGGCAGGAGGGUACGACGGCGGCGGCGGCGGUUUUUGGAACACACCCCCCUCCCGAGACGGCGCGUCACUUUGCCGAACCUCCCGCGUUCUCUCCGCCCCGGACAUCCUGAUCAGGACCGAGAGGUGACGGGCAGCCACAGCCAGGAGGAGGACGAGGACGAGGAGGAAGAGCGGAGUAGCCCAUGACUACUCAGUAACUGAAAAACACAGACCACAUGCUAACGCCCUGGCGUGACGUGACGCCGCCGGCUAAUCCUGUAGUCAACCAACCGAGCUCACUCACUCACACCCCCCCUCCACCCUCCACCCUCUGUUUUAAAGAGUAAUUUAUAUGAAAAUAAAAACCGCAUAAAACGA